CUAUAUCAACAAGCACGACUGUCAGAACAUAGUAAUCAUUUUCCAUUUCCCGAUACACCGGAAAUUGAAAUCAAUCAUGGAAAAAACAACCCAGAAGACCAAAACGAACGGCCCUGAUUUCCUCUCCGACGAUCAAGAUUACCAGUCAGGAUUCGGCAACACGUUUGAGUCAGAAGCCAUUGAUGGAGCUUUGCCACGUGGACAGAACAGCCCUCUGUUAUGUCCGCUUGGUCUUUACGCUGAACAGCUUUCUGGUUCUUCUUUCACAUCCCCUCGUAAACUCAAUCAACGCAGUUGGUUCUAUAGAAUCAAACCAUCGGUUACGCAUGAACCGUUCAAGCCGCGGGUUCCGUGUCAUGAGAAGCUAGUGAGUGAGUUUGAUCAGAGAUCAUCAUCAACAACAACAACACCAACUCAGCUUAGAUGGAAGCCUAUUGAUGUUCCUGAAUCUCCUACUGAUUUUGUUGAUGGGUUGUUCACCAUUUGUGGUGCUGGUAGUUCUUUUCUUCGACAUGGAUUUGCUAUUCACAUGUACACUGCUAAUAAGUCCAUGGAUAAUUGUGCAUUUUGUAAUGCUGAUGGUGACUUCUUGAUUGUUCCUCAACAAGGGAGAUUAUGGGUGACUACUGAGUGUGGAAAGCUGCAAGUCUGUCCUGGUGAAAUUGUUGUUUUACCUCAAGGGUUCCGGUUUGCUAUAGAUUUGCCUGAUGGCCCAUCACGUGGUUAUGUUGCUGAAAUUUUUGGUACCCAUUUUCAGCUUCCUGAUCUUGGACCAAUAGGUGCAAAUGGUCUUGCUGCUCCUAGGGAUUUCCUUGUUCCCCGCGCCUGGUAUGAGGAGGGUUCUCGUCCAGGAUACACUAUCAUACAAAAAUUUGGUGGAGAAUUGUUUACCGCAAAACAGGAUUUUUCUCCCUUCAAUGUAGUUGCCUGGCAUGGUAAUUAUGUUCCAUACAAGUAUAAUCUCAAAAAGUUUUGCCCCUACAACACUGUUUUGAUUGAUCAUAGCGACCCAUCAAUAAAUACGGUUCUGACAGCACCAACUGAUAAACCUGGAGUGGCAUUGCUUGAUUUUGUCAUUUUUCCUCCUCGAUGGUUGGUUGCGGAACAUACUUUCCGACCCCCAUACUACCAUCGUAACUGUAUGAGUGAAUUUAUGGGCCUUAUUUACGGAGGAUAUGAGGCAAAAGCUGAUGGUUUUCUCCCAGGCGGUGCUAGUCUUCAUAGUUGCAUGACUCCACAUGGUCCCGAUACUAAGACAUACGAGGCUACGAUUGCAUGCGGUAAUGAUGCAGGACCGAGUAAAAUGACGGAUACGAUGGCUUUCAUGUUUGAGUCAUGUUUAAUCCCGAGGGUCUGCCAGUGGGCUGUUGAGUCCCCAUCUGUUGACCAUGAUUAUUAUCAGUGUUGGAUUGGACUAAAAUCACAUUUUUCUCAUGGAGGAGAUGCUAAGAGCAAUGUCGUAUAGAGUGGAGAUCAGGUGAGUCUUCAACUUGAUUUCUCGUCUCGAGGUCUAAUCCGUCGGGCAUGUAUAUAGAUUAGGUUAAUAAGAAGUGAAGUAAAAUGCGUACAUAUAGAAAGAAACUAUCAAGCACAGAAAAAGAGCAACUUCUAGCUUUAGGCAGUGGUGUUUUAGAGUAUUUUGGUUGAACAAGCUAUGAACAUUUAAUAAUCAUGUACAUAUUAUAAUCUUUCAAUUAUUUAAACUAAAACACAAGAAACUACAAUGUAGAUGAUUUUAUAAGAUUCAGACUCUCUCUGCUUCA